AUGAAAGUGCUUAUUAGCUUGACAUUAAGAACGGCUAUCAGCACGACAGGGCCCACCGCCGCGGAACUAGCAGAAGAUGAUUAUGGGACGAACAGAAUCACCCUGCUUAUUGCGUUCAGCCUCAUGUAUCAGAUUGGUCAAGGACUAGGCGGUCUUGUAAUCCCACCUUGCUCCGAGCUAUUUGGCAGACGGAUGCCCUAUAUCAUAUCCUGCUCUUUGUUCAGCCUAUCCUGCCUUAUUGUGGGGUUGGUUCCUCAUAUCAGUGCGAUUUUCGUCGGAAGAUUCUUUUCAGGGCUUGCUUCCGCCGUCCCCUCGGUCGUGAUUUCCGGGACCGUUGAGGAUCAAUUCAAUUCUGAGCAUCGGGUGUGGAUCGUCCUGUUCUGGAAUGCAGCCGCCACUGCUGGACUUGCCUUUGGGCCAGUCUAUGCGUCGUGCAUCUCCGGAGUAGCCAGCUGUGCGGCUAUUUGCACCGCUUUCAACACUGUUCUUCUGCUGGGCAUGCGCGAGAGCCGACCAAGCAAGUUACUUCGUAAGAAGAUUGCUUCUCUAUCGGAGGAAUCGCCGGGUGCUCACCUCAAAUUCCAUUCUGCGGAUCCCUUUCCGGACCUCGCGGCCUUUGUUGAUGUCGUCUUCAUCCGACCAACUCGGAUGAUGGUGACUGAGCCGAUCUUGAUAAUAGUGUCGGCUCUCAGCGCCAUAUCAUGGGGGAUUGUAUACCUCUUCUCGGAAUCCAUCACCAGCGCGUAUUUAGGUCUAGGCCUCCCUAGAUCCAGUGCAUCUUUCCCCCUCCUCGCCUUGAUUAUCGGUGUCUGCAUCGGCAUAUUCCCACACAUAUGGGAUACGCGCAAAAUGCGAGAAAAGAAACGCCAGAACCUGAAAAUCGACCCCGAAGACAAAACCAUGGGAUUUGCGUUCGGUACCCCGGCACUCGCGGCCGGCCUGUGGUGGUUCUACGGCACCACACCGCCGGCCAUGUGGAGGGCGCAUUGGCUCCUUCCAACAGCUGGCCUGGUCCUGGUCGGUUUGGGGGUCAACGAGAUCGCGUAUACGCUUAGCGGAUAUCUCACCGAUACAUACACAGUCUACUCUGCCUCUGCUUUCGCGGGACUAGCCUUUGUCCGCGCCCUGGUUUCCGGAAUCAUGCCACUUAUCGGGUAUGUCAUCUUUGAUGGGUCGCAGACAAGGCUCCCGGGGUUCAUUAUUGCUGGCAUAGCGACGUUGUUCUGCAUUGUGCCCUUUAUUUUCUUUAGGCUCGGCAAAGCGCUUCGGUAUAAAAGUCAGUUUGCAAAGUAUAGCUUUGAAGUCCACAUGCGGACGCAACUGGGGGAGGUAUAG